AAAAUUUUAUGUUCCAUAAAAUAUUUUAUAUGCAAUCUUUUUUACAUUGUUUGACAAAGAUGAAAUUACAGUUGUUCUCGACUUAUUGUUUUGACAUCGGGAUCGAACUCCUGUUAAGAUCGGGUUCAGCGUGAUCGGCCAUUAUAUUUGACUGUGGAAACACGAGGUUGUGAUUAAAUUUUUAAACAGCAGAAACACAAGGAUAUCGAUUUCAUCGAUUUAAUAUACAGUUAUAUUUUGCUGUGACACUAUCUAAGAAAAUAUGCUACCAAAAAAGAGGAUGAAACUACGCAGCCAACCAGCUCAGGCACCCCUUGUAGAGUCGGCAUUGGGCAACGCAGUUGAUGCCAGUUCAUCAGCUACUCAAGCGAGCUGCACCAACAACCCUCCAAUUGACUAUGACCAGCUUGCAGCAGCAAUUCUUAGACAACAACAGGCUUUGACACCAAGCAGUGCUUCCUCAAAUAAUAUCGUUUCUCAGGCUACUCCCUCUACUUCACAGGCUGUACCCUCUGCAUCAAGUACCUCUUCUAGCGAUCCAAGUAGUCUAAAUUUGGUAAACACCCUGCAACAGUUAUUUUCAGGUUCAGGUGAGUCAGUGGCAGAUACAUUAAAUGGUAACAGCACACAUUCUACCCCAUUAUCAGUUGACAAUGGUAUUCCUUUGGGUGCUAACGUUCCAGUUCGCAUAAAAAAUAAAAUCUGGAAUGAUCAAUUCAUUGACCUCAAAUGUCUACUUCCAAAUUACAAAGACCAAAACAUAUCAAUUCAAAUAGAAAAUAAUGCUAUUCAAUUAAAUCCUCAGUCAACAAAACAGUCAGUGAUGUCACUUCAUCAGUGGACAUCAGCAUUUUUGAUAUUCAUGUCAAUUUACACCGAGAAGUCUCCCCAAGAACAUGCCAAUCUACUAAAAUACUGUUUCACUGUUAGGGAAAUUGGGAGUUCUAAUGGGGAUGGGGCCUGGAGAUACUACGAUGAAAACUUUCGGAAACUCCGACAAUCAAAUAAGAUACCUUGGCAACUUCCCAUUACUGAAUAUAUGGUGAAAGCUUGCACUUUAACUCGUUCAUUUCGCUCCUCCCAGUACCUUUUCAAUCAGUCAAAAACAAAACAGUGGGAGUUGGCCUGCUUCAGCUACAACAACGGUAAACCUUGUAAAACCUCACCAUGUAAAUACAUGCACAUCUGCCAACACUGCGGCGAGCAGCAUCCCAAAAAGAAAUGUAACAAAUGGGUCCGAAACAAUCCUAUCAGGAAACCAAACAAUACCAACAACAAUAAAACAUGAAGUUCUUUGUCAGGAAUUGCAAGGUUAUGACAGGGUCUUACUUGAUUUUCUUGUUGAUGGAUUUAAAUUUGGUUUUAAACUGGGCUGCAGUGAAUUUCUGCCAACCUCUGUUAAGAGCAAUCACUCAUCUGUUAGGAGAAGUCCAUUGGUAGUUAACAAUAAGUUGAAUAAGGAAUUGGGGCUCAAUCGUAUUUCAGGUCCUCAUGUACUUAAACCCUUUGAAAAUUUCAUUUGUUCGCCAUUAGGGCUGGUGCCUAAGAAGCUACCCGGAGAAUUUAGAAUCAUACACGAUCUAUCCUUUCCAGAGGGUAAUUCAGUAAAUGAACACAUUUCGCGAGAAAAUGCGGUUGUGCAUUAUGAUUCUAUUGAAAAUGUAAUACAGCUAAUUAAGAAAUUUGGGAAAGGGGCACUUAUGGCUAAGUUAGACAUAGAAGAUGGGUUUAGAAACAUCCCAAUACACCCUUCAGACUAUCAUUUUUUAGGUUUUCUUUGGAACAAUCAAUAUUAUUAUGAUAAAUGUUUACCAAUGGGCGCCAGUUCAUCGUGUCAGUUGUUCGAGAGGUUAAGCACAGCUUUGCAAUGGAUUAUGUUAAAUAAAUAUCAGGCCUCUGGUAUGUCUCAUCUUAUUGAUGAUUUUUUUUUCAUUGGACCAGCUUUAUCUCAAAAAUGUCUCUCUGAUGUUAGAAAUUUUGAAAGUUUAUGUUCGAGAGUAGGAGUCCCUCUUAAAGAAUCCAAAACUGUAUUACCAACAACUUGUUUAACCAUUUAUGGAAUUGAGGUAGAUUCUGUUCUCAUGCAAAGUAGACUCCCAGAAGACAAACUCACUAAUAUGAGACAAUUGUUGGAAAAGACAGUCCAUAGAAAAAAAAAUUCAGUUAAGAGAGUUGCAGUCUUUGAUAGGUGUUCUCAGUUUUGCCUGUCAAGUAGUCACACCUGGUCGUGCAUUUUUGAGACGGUUAAUAGAUCUGACUCGUCGUGUGUCCAAACCAAAUCAUUAUAUAAAGUUAACUACUGACGAACGUGCGGACAUUAAAGCAUGGCAACUUUUUAUCAAUCAUUUCAACGGCAAGUCAAUAUUUCAUCAGGAUGAGUGGUUGUCUUCACAGAAGUUACAUAUAUAUACAGAUGCAUCUGGUGCCUUGGGUUAUGCAGCUGUAUAUGGUUCAAAAUGGUUUGCACAAGCUUGGCUAGAUAUUCAUACAGAUUAUCACAUUUCUGUUAAAGAGCUGUUUCCUAUCGUUCUGUUGGUAGAAAUUUGGGGACCUUAUUUAAGCGAUCAAAAAAUUCUCUUUUUCACUGAUAAUAUAGCAGUUGUUGAGGUUAUUAAUAAACAGUCAUGCAGAGACAAAAUAUUGAUGAAACUUGUACGCCGAUUAGUUGUUGCAGCAAUGAAAUAUAACAUACUAUUUAAAGCAAAACACAUUCCAGGGAAACACAAUGUACUUGCAGAUUACCUUUCCCGCUUUAAAUUCCAGGAAGCCAAGAAAUUUGCCCCUUGGUUGGACCUCAAGCCAACAGCAGUACCAGAACAUUUGAUUUACAUCUAAGCCAACCAAGUCGGCAGUUACUUCAGGCAUCACUGUCUUUAUCGUCUAAGCAGUUAUACCUUCGAAGUUGGAAUUUGUUAAAGAAAUUUUGUGACACUCAUAGUAUACCCUUUUCUCUCCCAUUUGCAGAAGGAAUUAUUUGCAAUUUUAUUGGUGAAUUAUUCACUGAGGGUUUAAGCCCAUCCACCAUCACUUCACAUGUUUCGGCAAUUAGUUUCGUUCAUAAGAUUUUUGACUUUCAUGACCCUACCCACUCUUUUAUAGUGAGAAAAGUUAUCAAAGGAGCCCAAAACCUAGCAAGAACUGUUGACACUAGACUUCCAAUUACAAAACCCAUUCUUAUCAAAUUAUUAUCUGCCUUAGAUCACACUGUUCAAGAAGCAGACUCAAGAACUCUGCUGUCAGCAAUUUUCCUUCUUGCCUUUCAUGCCUUUAUGCGGUUAGGUGAACUUGUUCCUAGAAACAAAACAUUUAACUCAAAAGUAAUUCAAAGACAAGACAUAAUGUUCAAUGACGAUAAUUCAGUUCAGAUCACACUCAGGUAUUCAAAAACUAUGAAUGAUAGGCAGCCAAUAAUAAUUACUCUGACAGCUAAUAAUUUAAAAUGUCAAUUCUGUCCAGUUCAUGCCUUAAAAGCAUACAUUGCUGAACAUAAACACACAUCAGGUCCUUUAUUCACAUUUAAAUCUGGCGAACCAGUUCCGCACAACUUUGUGACAUCUCAUUUGAAACAUGCCAUAAAUUUUAUUGGUUUGAAUUCAUCACUUUACCUCGGUCAUAGUUUUCGCAUUGGUGCUGCCACAGAGGCAGCUAAGAACGGUUUAUCUGAAAAUGUAAUUCAACAACUGGGUCGUUGGCACUCAAAUGCAAGCAGACGUUACAUUAGAAUAAAUGCUUUCAAGUUCUAAAUUUCAACCCUUUAUGAGAAUUUCAAACUAAAUGAUCCCCUCAUACAGGUACUGCCACCGACUAUCAAAAGAGAAGUUAGCAUGUGGUUUUUUCUCUUCAGAACGUAAAUAGGAUCUGAUUAAAAAUUUUUAGCGUCAAGUCCAAAAUUAAGCAUAUAAAUUAAUUACGAGGUCAGACUAUGGUUGCUCAGACAGAUUACAAAAUUUUAAAAUUUGGAAUUACUAAGGUCAGCAUAUGGUUGCCUAUAUAAAACAGUAAUUCGGUUAGAAAUUUGGCAGGUAUUAUUUUGAAAAGUGUUAGCUCAUUUACGAGAUCACAAUUUACCCCCCAAUUUUGCCCCCAAAGUACAAGCUAUCUACAGGAGGUCAGCAUACGGUUGCUCAUAUAGCUUAUGGAAAUUGUAAUUCAGCCUUAAAUUGGGUGUUGAGACUGUGCGUGAAGUCAGCGAAAUUGCGAGCUAAUAUACAUGGAGACAGCGUACGAUUGCCCACAAAGAAACUGUAUAAAGUGAACUGGUAUUUCAGCCUCGAACGGGUACGUGAGACUUGUAUUUGGAGAUCAGCAUGUAUUUAUAGUAAAAUUACAAGCUCAGCAGAAGUUUUUUUUUGCAUAAAUUUGUGUAUGAGAUAAGCAUAUGGUUGGUUAUAAAAAACUGUACAUGGUAGUUGGAGCUUAGCAAGGUUUUUGUUUGAAACUUAUACAUAAAGUCAGCCUGGUUGUAAAAAUGAUUGUAAAAAUCAGUCAUGAGACUGAGUUUUGUUUUUAAAUAUUGUUCACGAGGCAGCAGUUGCUCCUUCUUUUUCUAAUUUAACUUUGUUUCAUUCAUAUAAUUGGCAAACUUUGCUUUUAAAUAUGUUACUCUUAUAGAUAUAACUUUAUGAUUAUGUUAAAUAUGGUCUUAUGCUUGGGUUAAGUAAGUCCAUGCAGGUACAUGUUUUUUCAAUCUAUAACAAAAUUAUGAAAUGCCCUUUCCUUGGGUGGCGCGGCAUGCCUCAUGCAAGCAUUAGGCAUGCUGUGUGGCCUCUUGUUUUACGCCACCUUCUUGUUACACAAACUUGGUCAUCAUUAUAUAACAAUAGCUGGGAUAAGCAAUAAGUCGCAAUAUAUUAUAUCUAAGUUGAAACUAUUCAUUAUUUGUCCUUAUCCCAGCUAUAAUUUAUAAGAUUAUAUGUAAUAUUGUAUAUUUAUGUGCUUUUGUUCACUUGCGUCAUUUAUCUAGUUAAUAAAUGACAUGUUUUCACUCAACUCAGUUCUCAUGUUUUCUCUAGUGGGUAAAGCAACAAGAACAAGCUGCGGAAAGGCAUUUCACAUUACGGGAUUUAUUAUUACUAGUGGAAAAGUUGUGAAUAUAAAUAAAAUUUUAUGUUCCAUAAAAUAUUUUAUAUGCAAUCUUUUUUACAUUGUUUGACAAAGAUGAAAUUACAGUUGUUCUCGACUUAUUGUUUUGACAUCGGGAUCGAACUCCUGUUAAGAUCGGGUUCAGCGUGAUCGGCCAUUAUAUUUGACUGUGGAAACACGAGGUUGUGAUUAAAUUUCCGCCACCUCCCCUCCUCCUCCCAAUUUUUAACAUCAUUUGAAAUGGAAAAUUCUAAUUGUUUCAAUUUUUGUGAUAUAGAUUUUUCUUUAUUGUACAAAAAUUAGCAUAUAACAUGCCUUGUGGCCUCUUGUUUUACGCCACCUUCUUGUUACACAAACUUGGUCAUCAUUAUAUAACAAUAGCUGGGAUAAGCAAUAAGUCGCAAUAUAUUAUAUCUAAGUUGAAACUAUUCAUUAUUUGUCCUUAUCCCAGCUAUAAUUUAUAAGAUUAUAUGUAAUAUUGUAUAUUUAUGUGCUUUUGUUCACUUGCGUCAUUUAUCUAGUUAAUAAAUGACAUGUUUUCACUCAACUCAGUUCUCAUGUUUUCUCUAGUGGGUAAAGCAACAAGAACAAGCUGCGGAAAGGCAUUUCACAUUA